CCCAAAAUGUGGAGGAACUCAUUAACCGCCACCCUGAGAUUGGACCUCCCACUCCUCCAGACAACCCGUUGUCUGAGGUGCCAAUUCCACGGCACCGCGGCCCUGACACAUCUUCGCGCCAAUGCCUCUCUCCGCAACUAUGCGACCAAGAACAGCACCCCGAAACCAAAGGACGCCGCGACCAAUCAAUUCUCCAAACCAACGACUGAGCCGAUAAAGACGUCCGUCCCCGGAACCCCCGCACGCCCCUCCGUCCAAUUUCAACAAAACCAGCCCAUCAGACAAGUUCCCCAUCCAAGCGAUGAGAACUUCAUACCUCCAACCCUGGAUCGCCCAAUCGGUACCGCCGCGCCGCCAGAGGCAGGCGAGAACACGGGCGUUGAUAGCCGCAGCUAUCGCCAGCGUCGAGACGACUUCGUCGACUAUGAUACUCACAUCAAACGGCGAAAGGAACUAACUCGGCAGGUCGCCAAACCGUACUUCCGCGAAUGGUCCAAUCUCCGCUUCGCAGAGGGUAAAACCUUCAAGUCGAACCCGCGCCUCUUCCGCUCCGACAAGGCCCUCUACUUCCCCAAUAUGCGCGGCACAACGCUGCUCUCACCGAAGGACCCACAAGACACCACCCCCGUCCUCGAAGGCAAGAUCACGGUCGUAAACCUCUUCUCCAGCGUCUGGGCCGAGGGCCAAGUCGCGACCUUCACCGGCGCACCGCUGAACCCGAAAUUGGCGGAGAUUCUGGCGGCUGCGGGCCCGCUUGUGCAGCGGGUGGAUAUCAACCUGGAAGAGAAUCGCAUGAAGGCUUGGUUGGUGAAGUCGUUUAUGUGGCGCAUGCGGCAGAAGUUACCCGCGGCGCGGCAUUCGCGGUAUUUCCUGGUGCAGAAGGGGUUUACGGAGCUUUUGAAGGAGGCGGUAGGGAUGAUGAAUUCGAAGGUUGGGUAUGUUUAUCUUGUUGAUGAUGCUUGUCGGAUUCGGUGGGCGGGCAGUGGGCCUGCUGAGGCGGUGGAGUUGGAGACUCUCAAUAAUGGUUUGCAGAAGUUGAUUGCGGAGAAGAAGGCUGCUCUGCAGGCGGAGAAGUGA